AUCCUUUUUCCACCAAGUGACCACGCCGAUCGCCAUGCCCCGCGGUACGAACUCCCAAGGCAACACGUACAACUCACCCGCGGUCUCGCAGCCCAACACCAACAGCUACCACUACUCGAACUCGAACGGCUCGUACUACUACCAAAACUCGAACGGCUCGACGUAUUACAACAACGGUCAAGGCAGCGCCACGUACACUGCGCCCAACGGAACCAAGUACUCCAAGUAACAGUGUGAAUGACAACCUUGUGUUUCGCUCCA